GUCAGUGCUCUAAACCGCUGAGCCAUCUCUCCAGCCCUGGUCUGAGGAAUGUUAAUUAGCCUCUCUUUUCCGGAGGAACAAGUGUUCUAAAGUUUCUGAGCUGACCUCUUCAGCAGGAAGCUGAAAGCUCACAUCUUCAACUGCAAGUGUGAAACAAAGAAAUCAAACUGAAGGAGGCAGGGCUUUUGGCUUUCAAAGCCUGCCCCCAGUGAUGGAGACCACACCUCCUAAGCCUCCCCAAACAGCACCACCAACCAGGAACCAAAUAUUCAAAUCACUGAGCCUAUGGGGGACAGUCUUAUUCAAACCACUACAGGCAGUGAGGUUGUUUUUGUCAUACUGUAGACUGAAUUCGGGGUCUUGUUAAUGAAGCCCUUUGUUUACCUACCACUGAGCUGUUGUGUAGGAGAUUGUUUCCUUCUUUCCCGUGUGUGUGUGUGUGUGUGUGUGUGUGUGUGUGUGUGUGUGUGUGUGAUGCGAUGCACAUUUGUGCACAGGCAUGGACCUCUGGCCUCAAUCAGGUAUCUUCCUCAAUAGAUGUCCCGUUUAUUGAGUGAGGUAGAGUCUCUUGUUGAACCCAGAGUUUGGCAGUUCCCGCUAGUUUAGCUGACUUGCUCUGAGGAUCUUGUCUCUGCCUCCACAGUGCUGGAAUGACAGGUGGAUUACCACACCCACACAGCAUUCAUAUGGAUUUUUGGGGAUCCAAAUUCCACUUUUCACACUCUGCAUAGCAAAUGCUUUACCAUACUGAGCCACUUCCCCAGGGUGGCUUCUUAUCCAACAAGCAGACACCUGAUUCUCUAGUUACUAACAGUGUGUAUGUGUUAGUGGGAACUAUUUUUUGAUGGAGAAACUGAGUCCCAGUCAGGGUAUUGACUGGCUUAGCACUCCUAUAGCAAGCAGAGGCACAGCUGGCCCGGACUUCCACACCAGGAUUUCCCAUUCUCAAGCUCACAGGGCUUUAACUUCAGCCCAGAGAUUGACUGCAAAGGGCCCGAGACCAGCUCUAAGACUCGGAAAGAGGGCCGGGACCCAGUCUUGAUCGUUUUCCUGAGCAUUCAUGUAACUUUGUGAUCAGAGUAGAGCCUGGCCUAGGCUGUCCUCCUCUGGUGCAUGGGGCUGGCCUCUGAGGUAGACACCUGAGGAACAUGAUACUCUAUGCUGCCCCCUGGGGACACUAAAGUAGACAGCGUCUAUAUUGUACAUAGAUGGAAACUGAGGGUUGAAGUGAUUUCUCUGAGGCCAUGGUAGGUGAGUGUGGAAAGAGGAUUUGAGGGAGCCAAGCUUUGCCAGUUGCCAGUCACCAAGGGAAUGAAUGAAUGCAUGGUGGGAUGAAGCCCUGCAACACAAGGCACCGACCUCCCAGCAUCCCUGAGUGACACUCGGCCUAAGGUGAAGCAGAACUGACAGAGGGACAGAGAAUAGAGGUCACACAUCAAGAGACCCCAGAUCGAGGGUGAGGUGAAAGAACAGAUGCUUGCAGCAGAAGUAGGAAAAAGAUCUUUCCAGAACAGCAGUUGCAAUCGCUAUGCCUCAAUCUUGGGUGCCCGCCGUGGGCCUCACUCUGGUGCCCAGCCUCGGGGGGUUCAUGGGAGCCUACUUUGUGCGUGGUGAGGGCCUCCGCUGGUAUGCUAGCUUGCAGAAACCCUCCUGGCAUCCUCCUCGCUGGACCCUGGCUCCCAUCUGGGGCACGCUGUAUUCGGCCAUGGGGUAUGGCUCCUACAUAGUCUGGAAAGAGCUGGGAGGUUUCACAGAGGAAGCAAUGGUUCCCUUGGGUCUCUACACUGGUCAGCUGGCUCUGAACUGGGCGUGGCCCCCCAUCUUCUUUGGUGCCCGGCAGAUGGGCUGGGCCUUGGUCGACCUCCUGCUUGUCAGUGGUGUGGCAACCGCCACGACUGUGGCUUGGCACCGAGUGAGCCCUCCAGCUGCCCGCUUGCUGUACCCUUACCUGGCCUGGCUGGCCUUUGCCACCAUGCUCAACUACUAUGUAUGGCGUGAUAACUCUGGCCGGAGAGGGGGCUCCCGGCUUGCAGAGUGAAGGCACCCAGCCAUCAGGAAUGUACCCCUUCCAGUCAGGCACUGUGGGUAGUGGCCAACAUGCUUUUAUGACCAUUGGGCCUACUGGUCUAUCUGGUCUUAGCCCAGGAAGCCACCAGGUAUGUCAAGGUGGUCAGUGCCAAGUCCCAUGCAGGGACAGUUGUCCCUGCCUUUCUGCACUGCUCCAGGCAUGCCUGAGGAGCGUAGGCCUUUUAAAGCUAAAUAAAGUCUCUAACUUCAUGUGUAA